AUGAUGGCUAAGCAGGCUUUAGGUCAAUUUUUUGGUAACAAACGUUUGUAUUUUGUUUGCGGCAAGGUAUAUCAAGAGGGCCACUUUGCAAAUCGUAUUGUUAAUUGGUUUAAUGAUCGACAGCUGCCCGUAGUUCCUGUAUCUCCUAAAGGAGGCUCUAUGGAGGUCUAUUCUGCGACCUCUGGAACCAAGAAGCUUGAAAUUGCGACUGAUAUUCCAAAUUACCUUAAAAAUAUUAAUGCCGAAGACCUUGAUGGCAUCAGUGUUAACUUUGUUACACCUCCCCCUGUCUCUAUUUCGAUACAAACCCAGCUACGUAACGCCAAGAUACCUGUUAAGAGCGUUUGGUUUCAACCCGGGUCUUGGAACCAAGACUGUUUGAAGUUUGCAGUGGAAGAACUUGGAAUCAGUCCAGAGAGAGUCAUCACCGACUGCGUUUUGGUCAACGGGGAUGCUCACUACGUUAAGAACACUCUUAAAUUAUGA